GCCGGGAGGUGCUCCUGGGUGAGGCACGCAGGCGCGUCACCGCGUCGGAGGCGCGCGUCUGGCUGCUCCGGCCAGCAGCAGGCGGAGGCGGGCAAGGUGCGCGAGUGACGAUGGCCAGGCGGCUCGGCUUCGGAGCGGACUGAUCUAGCCAGUGUCGCGGCUCCAGCAUGGGCGGCCGCUUCAUGCUCUUGCUGUUCGCCCUUGCCGCUCACCUGCAGCUCUGCGACUGCGGCUGGUUCUGGCGGGGUUGUGAUGAUGAACUGGUUGGCCCCCUCUACGUUUGGAAUCUUGGUGCAUCUUCUCGAUCCAGCAUCUUCCGCGCUGCCACUUUUGCUCGGAUUUAUGGUGCUGGUGGUUGGUCACCCGACCCCAAAGACAAGCAUCCGUGGCUCCAGAUUGACCUGACAAAGAAAUGCCGCAUCAAUAGCAUUGCCACUCAGGGGACCUUCAAUACCUACAAUUGGGUGACACGCUACAUUGUCCUUUAUGGUGACCAUCCAAGCAACUGGAAGCCUUAUUUUCAACAAGGCAGCAAUUGGACAUUUUUUGGCAAUGUGAAUUCAAGUGGUGUGGUCCGCCAUGACCUGCAUCACCCUAUCCUGGCUCGUUACCUCCGCAUCAUUCCUGUGGCUUGGAAUCCGAACCAUACCAUUGGCUUACGGGUGGGCCUUUAUGGCUGCUACUACCAGUCUGACAUCCUGUAUUUUGAUGGUGAUGAUGCCAUUGCCUACAAGUUCCGCACCAAAAUUGUCCGUACUGUCCAAGACAUGAUUGGGUUCAACUUCAAGACAAUGGAGCAGGAGGGCAUUUUAAUGUAUGCGUCCGGGGCCCAGGGUGACUACAUCAGUCUGGAGCUGCAGCAGGCUCAGUUGGUUCUCAGCAUAAGCCUUGGCAACAGUUCACUAAACACCAGUGGAGGAGAGACAAUAAUGAAAUUGGGAAGCCUCUUGGAUGACCAACACUGGCACCAAUUUCGUCUUGAUCGCUACAGGCGAUUUGUCAAUUUCAGCCUGGAUGGGGAGGUCUUGCAGUUCCGUCUUAAUGGGGAGUUUGAGCAGCUUGACCUGGACAAAGAGAUCUUCUUUGGAGGCGUAAUGAACUAUGAGAAACAACGUCUUGUCUAUCGGCCAAACUUUCGUGGCUGCAUGGAAAACAUCGCCUACAAUUUGGUCUAUAUAACCGACUUAGCAAGACGUCGAAAACCUUCCAUCCAGUUUGAGGGCCAUGUGGGUGACUUCUGUCGGGACAACCUCUUGUUUCCAUUUACCUUUGCUGGGGUCAACAACUUCUUGCAGGUGUCUGGGUAUCCGCGGCGCAAUAUGCUAGUGGUUGGCUUCAGCUUCCGAACAUGGGAUGUUGUUGGGUUGCUUAUGUACACAUCCUUUGCCGAUGACCUGGGCUGGCUUGAGAUGGUGCUGAGUGAUGGGCAAGUCAAUGUAACCAUUGCUCAGCCAAAAGCCAAAACUAAAACCAAGAAGCUGGAGUUUGCAGCAGGAUUUCGUCUUAAUGAUGGCUUCUGGCAUUCUGUGUCUUUGACGGUACGUGAAACCAUGGCUGUCAUCAUCAUUGAUAACCAGAAUGAUGCCAGCUUCCGCGUUGACAGAGACAUUCAGCUGCGCACGGGGAACCAGUACUUCUUUGGAGGCUGCCCCAAGCCAGCAUCACGUACUGGCUGUGCCUCCAACCAAACAGCCUUCCAUGGGUGCAUGCAGAUGGUCAGUUUGGACCGGCAGCCCAUUGAAUUAGACAUGAUUCGUCAGCAUCGACUUGGCAAGUACUUUGAGGUGUACUUCAACGUGUGUGGCAUCGUUGACAGGUGUACUCCCAACAUGUGUGAACAUGGCAGUCACUGCAUCCAGUCCUGGGACGACUUCACGUGCAUCUGUGACUUGACGGGUUACAAAGGGAAGACCUGCCACACACCCAUUUAUAAGGAAAGCUGUGAAGCCUAUCGACUCAUGGGUAAAAUGUCUGGCAACUACACCAUUGACCCAGAUGGCAGUGGGCCCCUCAAACCUUUCACCGUCUACUGCAACAUGCGAGAGGAUAAGGCAUGGUCCGUCGUAUGGCACAAUCGGUACUGGGUCACCCAAGUGACAGGGUACAGCCCUGAAAGGCCUUUCCUGGGCACCGUUGACUACUGGAACGCAUCGUGGGGUGAGGUGUCGGCCCUGGCAAAUGCCUCCGAGUACUGCGAGCAGCAAAUCGAAUUCCGCUGCUACUUCUCCCGCCUGCUCAACACCCAGACUGGGAUGCCAUUGAGCUUCUGGAUGGGCCGAAAUGAAGAGCGCCAUUACUACUGGGGGGGCUCCCCACCAGGGCUGGGGCGCUGCGCUUGCGGCAUGGAUAACAACUGUGCUGACCCUCGGUUUUACUGCAACUGUGAUGCUGACCAUGCGAUGUGGCGAGCGGAUAAAGGGCUGCUGAACUUUGUAGACCACCUUCCAGUCACGCAGGUGGUGGUGAGCGACACGAACCGCACUGGGUCAGAGGCCCAGUUCUACGUGGGCCCUUUGCGUUGCUAUGGAGACCGCAAUUCCUGGAAUACAGUCUCCUUCAUCAGGGGAACAGCCUUACUCUUUCCCACCUUCCAGGUUAACUACAGUCUCGAUAUUAGCUUCUUCUUCAAGACAUCUGCCCCAUCAGGCACUUUUCUAGAGAAUAUCGGCCCGAGGAACUACAUCCGCGUGGAGCUCAACACUACCCAAGAUGUGGUCUUUGCUUACAACAUUGGAAAUGGUGAUGAGAACUUGACGGUGCACUGGGAGAUGCCCUUUAAUGACAACGAAUGGCAUGAGGUCAAAGCGGAGAUCAACGUGAAGCUAGCUCGACUGCAGGUUGACCGGAUGCCAUGGGUUGUGCGAGCAUUCCCCCCCCAGACCUUCAUUCACAUGAACCUCACUAAACCUCUCUUUGUGGGUGCUGCUGAAUACUAUCUGCGACCCUUCUUGGGCUGCUUGCGGAGCCUGCACAUGAAUGGAGUGACCCUAAACUUGGAGGGGAAGGCCAAUGAAACAGAAGGGGUGCUAGUGAACUGCACUGGGCAUUGCCGCAACCCGUUGGUGCCAUGCAGGAACUAUGGCACCUGCCUGGAGCAUUACAGCCACUACACUUGCAACUGUACAGUCUCUGGCUUUGAAGGACCUUUCUGCAAUCACGACAUUGGCGCCUACUUUGAGCAAGGUACCUGGUUGCGUUAUGACAUCCUGACGAUGCCCUUGUACGUGGUCCAAGAGUUCGCCAAUAUUGUCCACCAGCCUCUCCAGCCACUCCCUGGCUACAGUCUUACCGGGGAGGAAGUGUGGCUCAGCUUUCGCACCACAUCGGCCCCCGCUGUCCUGCUUUACGUCAGCACCUUUGUGCACGAUUACAUUACCAUUUUGAUCCGCAAGGACGGCAUCCUGCAGCUGCAUUACCAUCUGGGCAGCCCCGCUUCUGUCUUCUCCCUGAGCACACACUCUGUGGCUGAUGGGCAACCGCACAGCAUCAACAUCACUCGUGUAAAUCGAACUCUGUACACACAGUUGGAUUAUUACCCUGUCAUGGUGCGCCAGUUCUCCCUCUUUGUGGACAGUAAACUUGAUUCCCCCAAGGCACUCUAUCUUGGCCGUUUCAUGGAGACGGGUGUGAUUGAUCCUGAGAUCCAAAAGUACAACACGCCAGGUUUCAUAGGCUGCCUCUCCGGGGUGAAAUUCAACAGCAUUGUGCCCCUGAAGACCAUCUUCCGGCCCACGGGCAGCAACCCUAUCCGCCCCUAUAGAAUCAACGGAAAGCUGGUGGAGUCCAGCUGUGCCUCUAUGCCUUCGACCUUUAUCGAAAUGCCCCCAGAACUUGACCCCUGGUACAUAGACCCAGUUGACUUCCUAUACAUCCAUGACGAUGGCUGGGUUGCAGUCAUUACCGGAGUGGUCAUUUUCUUCCUCCUUCUCCUGGCAGCCGCUCUCAUCUUGAUGUACCUGCACCAUCAUCGUUACAAGGGUUCGUACCACACCAAUGAGCCUAAGGCCAUCCAGGACUACAACAGUAGUAGUAGUGGUGGAGGUGGUGGUGGCGGCAGUGGCAGCAGCAGCGGCGGCAGCAGUGCUAGUGGAACUGCUUCCACCCCUGUAGUCAAGCCAGUUGCCUCACGGAAGGAACAAAACUUGCCACAGAUCCUAGAGGAAUCCAAAACAGAAUAGCCAAUUGGAGUCAGCAGGUUAAAUCCUCCAGUCGUCGGUGCUGGCUGCAGCCUCUUGGCAACACCAAACCUGAACUGCCAACUGUGCCACUUGCUGGGAAGCUGCCCUUCUCUCCUCCCCACAACCCCACUGUGUGACGGCCUGCCGGGUGCUUUGCCAUGUCUCACCUCACAUCAUGUGGAGUGUUGCUUCAUCUUCCAAAUGGGUCCGGUUCCAGCCGGCAGGUGUCAAAGAUUCUCUCCCUGCCUUUUUUUCUGGAAUAGCCUGAAUCCCACCAGACCCAUUUCUUAUCUCUUGAAGGGAUCAGGUUGGUGCCUAAGAAGAUGCCAAAAUGAUGCCUGGUUUUCCCCCUCCCCCGAGCUGUUACGCCUCUCCCCCCACUCCUUUCUCCAUUUGGACUGCAUGGUGUCUUCCUUCAAGAGGAUGGGGUGGCCAAAGUGACAAGCAGCAGGCUGUGCCAAGCAGCCCCAUUUCCAGUUUGUUAGACUUUCUUCCAGCCAAACUCCAGAGGCCCUUCCAGUUUGAAGAGAGACACAAACUGUCAAUAUUGCACUUUCUUCUUUAUUUCUACAGGACAAAGGAAAAUGCAACGCAAUAUCCACGCUGGCCUUCUCACAUGUGACUCACUAGCACAUAGUCUUCCUACUUAACUGCUUAGCAUAAAAAAGCCAUUCGUCAAGCCAUGCAAUAGAGCAUACUUAGAUCCCAGCACAUUGUAUUGUGCCCUGGGAGAAACCAAUGUGCAAUAUAGAUAUCUGCCUGCCACUAUAUACAUAUAUAUAUGUGUGUGUGCAGCUGCAGCGCAUGGAAGAAUCACUCGCACUUUGCUACCAUUUGCUGCUUUCGUAAAUCAGGGUUUUGAGAAUUUUAAAAUUCUUUCUCCCUUUCCCCCUUUUUGUUGUGGGUUAUUAGACAAACUAGUUUUUUUUAAUUCUGUCAGUUUGUAUAAAAAACAAAAGCAGAAGUCUGAUGUUCUGUUUUAAAGUAAAGUUGUGUCGUCUGUGGUCUGUAGUUUGCUACUUCAGGGAAGGAAGUUUUGCCUUCGGCAACUUCUGACCCUCUCCUCUUGCUACCUUGAAAGCUAAGUUCACUUGUGAAUUGUAAGAAGAUACUGUAGCAGAACCAAAAUUAUUUAUUUUAUCCCAAAGCUCAGGCCUAGCAGUUUAUUUUUUCUAAUGAGCUGUUUGAAUAAAAUGUGAAGGUUGGCUAAAUAAAUAAAAUUAAAG